GCCCGCGACACUAUUUAUUCACACAUCUUCUUAUCGAUCUCUUACAUAGUUUGGAAUUGGGAUUAUUUGGAACCCCGGGCCUCCCCACCCAGGACGAAAUCAGUUGCAGAACUUUGCGCAAUAGAAGAGGAUUGGAAAGUGGCAGGGUCGAGUUCUGCAGAGCCAUCCGGAGUGAAGUGAAUUAAAUCCCCCCGUGAUCUCGUCAUGCCUACUUAUAACUUUUUGCUGUGCAUAAUGGUACUGGUUUCGCUCGGGCGCACGGGGAGUGAUGAGCCGAGCCACCAACAGCUGCAGCAACCGCAGUCCAGAACUGAGAGCUUCACGGAAGCCGCAGGAUUAGUUGUAGUGGAAGCCGAGGAGUCCGGGGUUCCGCAGUGUAAGGCUUGUAUGUGGAGAGAGCACAGUAAAGUCUUAAGGCUGGAGACCAUCAAGUCACAGAUCUUAAGCAAGCUGCGACUGAAGCAGGCUCCCAACAUCAGCCGGGAGGUGGCAAACCAACUCCUUCCAAAAGCUCCACCGCUUCAGCAGCUUCUGGAUCACCAUGAGUUCCAAGGGGACGGUUCAUUACAAGAAGACUUCUCCGAGGAGGACGAGUAUCACGCCACCACUGAGACUGUCAUCACCAUGGCCUCGGAACCGGAUGCUACUGUACAGGUGGAUGGUAAGCCAAGCUGCUGCUUCUUCAAGUUUAGUCCAAAGAUCAUGUUCACUAAGGUUCUGAAGGCACAACUCUGGGUUUACCUGCGACCAUUGCAGCAGACUUCUACAGUGUACCUGCAGAUUCUGCGUCUGAAACCUGUGACAGAGGAAGGAAGCCGACAUAUUCGUAUUCGUUCCCUGAAGAUAGACCUACACUCACGCUCUGGGCACUGGCAGAGUAUUGACUUUAAGCAUGUGCUACAGAAUUGGUUUAAGCAGCCUCACACAAACUGGGGCAUUGAUAUCAAUGCUUUUGAUGACAGUGGAAAUGAUCUAGCAGUCACAUCUCUUGGACCAGGUGAAGAAGGACUGCAGCCCUUCCUUGAAGUGAAGGUGAUGGAGACAACAAAACGAACUCGGAGAAACCUCGGCCUGGACUGUGACGAGCACUCCACUGAAUCACGGUGUUGCCGGUAUCCUCUCACAGUUGACUUUGAAGCAUUUGGUUGGGACUGGAUCAUUGCACCCAAGAGGUACAAAGCUAACUACUGCUCAGGCCAGUGUGAGUACAUGUUCAUGCAGAAGUAUCCGCACACACACUUGGUGCAGCAUGCCAAUCCACGAGGCUCCGCAGGGCCUUGCUGCACGCCAACCAAGAUGUCUCCCAUUAACAUGCUUUACUUCAAUGACAAACAGCAGAUCAUUCAUGGCAAGAUUCCUGGCAUGGUGGUAGAUCGCUGUGGAUGUUCUUAAAAUACAGUUGACCCUAGAAGGAAAAAAUGUUUUUUGAAGGAGAAAGAGAGUCAUGAACUGUGGCAUUUUUCAAUGUUAAAAUAUAUAUUAAAAGAGGACAACAUGCACUGUGCAAUAAGCAGAAACAAAUGGAUGAAAGAGGCUAGGAGCAGAUAAAGGAAAGAGACUAUUAUACGUUUACAAAAACAAAAGAAAGCUUUCUAUCAAAAUGACCUUAAAUUAAGAUUUCAUUGCAUUGUAGAUACGCAUAAUAUUUUGUAUUCAUUCUAGUGGCCCUUGUAGGAGAUUUAUUUAUUCUUUUUAACUUACAGCAUUGGAAGUACACUACUCUGGCGGGUGAUCUGCUCUGUAUUAAGUGAACACAAAGUGACACCAUAACAUUUCUCACUGGAAUUUUUUUGGAAGGUUUCAUGAAUGUAUAGGCUGGUACAGGUUUAUGAUGGAGAUCAUUUUUAAAGGAAACUCAUUGCUUGUUACCGCACAGCCUGGAAAAUGAGUUAAAGACUCAAUUAUGAGAAAAAAAAGUGCUCUUCAAGAAGAAAACUGAAAUAAGUAAAGACAAAAAGGCCUGAGGUGACCAGCUCCUCACUAGUUAUUAUACAAAGGAAAACAGAAAAUCUGCCAAUUUCACCUGUAGUAUAUUGCAAACCGAGGAAUCCACAGAUGUUUCUAGUCAUUGCAAACUUCAAUACCUUGUUUUUUUUUUCCAGAUAUCUCCUGAGUUUUCUUAUUUAUUUAUAAAUCUUAUCAUAACCUCUGGUAUAUUAUCAAAACAGGCUUCAAAUCAGUGAUGGUUAAACUGUUAAAUAAUAAAGGUAAACUCAUAGCACACUGGGGACAAGAAAUGGCUGGAAAGGUUAAUUUUAAACAGUUAACAGAAAGAGCAUUGCAUUUCACCAAAUUUCAGUCCAGUGUGUGUUUUAUAGCCCUUGGGGGCAGGAAAGUUCUACAGCCAUAUGUCAGCUGCAGCCUUGUGAAUUUUAAAGAAGGUUCCAUAUUGAAGCAAAAAACAAAGGCCGUAAUCAAAUUGAAUCCAUGUGGAAUUUUAUUCAUUGAUGGCAAAAAAAAAAAAAAAAACACAGCCACAGAGCCCCCAUAUAGCAGAUCUGUAUAGAGUAAGAGACCCUGCAUCACAUUAUCUGCUCAGAUUGGGCUUUAAAAUGGAUGAUGGCAGGGGAAAAACAAAAGAAACCUUAGACUCUUGUUGCAUAUUUGGGUUGAAAUCUCAUGUGGUACUUUAAGAGCACCAUCUUCACUGUAAACUCCCGAUUAAUGUGACUCACUCAACCUCACACUCCUAAUGCUUUACAGUCCCAACACUUCAGCUGCUAGGAGGCCACACAUUUUACUUUGAAAUUUUUUGUAUAUAUCUAUAAAGAGUUAUGUCUGUAUCCUGUUUACAGGACCUUGUAAACAUCCCCACAAUAUUUAUGCUCCUAAAAAAGAUUUAAAGAAGUAAAGUUCAAAAAAGAGUAUAUUACACUGAUCUAUCCCAUACAAUAUAUUAUAUAGGAUUUGAGCAACAUCCAUCCCAGCUCCUCUUGCUAUAUAGAGUCAAAGUUAUAUUACCCAGCCAUAUCCAGCUGGCCCACAAAAUGAUAGAAUCAGUUCAGCAUUUCCUUCAUUUGGCAGGCUGCUAUCAUUCUUCUUCUUCAGCAUUGGGUGGCAGUUAUACUUCACUUCUCCUGUAACAGGCUUCACCUUAACUCUGCUACAAUGUACUUGAAAGAAUAUUUCUGUAACUGUUCAUAUAGUUAAAAAAUAGAGGAGCAAGUCAUGAUAGCCUUAGUCACAGUAAAUCUACAUAAGUUUAGAUUGAAAAAAAUGGCCUUACUUUAGCUUGUAUCAUUUUAAAUAAAGCCCAUCUGAAUCCAGUCACAAUAGCAAAUGAUGUAUGCAGUGUAUGAUGGUAUAAAGCCUACUACCAUAUACUGUACCUAAACAAAUUUUAAAAUGGAUCACUCUACACAAAAUUAAAAAUUUCACAGCAGCAGGAAUCUGUUUUCUACAUUACAAUUAUUAUUAUUUUACUCAUGAACUUGAGCCUAUAAGGGUUUAUGAUGAAAGUCACUGGUCGUUUAGAAACACAAACACAGCCCACAAUAACAAUGUAGAUAGUGUUACUUUUAUUCAUUUUCUGCAAUAUCCAUUUGCCUCCAUUUUGAACUUGAACACUUUUGAUACAAAGCCUGGUUUCUGGUGCUCAGCAGACUGUUUUCUGAUGUAUUUCUUGGAAGUGAAGUUACAUCACAUUAAGAGAAGGUUGAAGAGUUUAAUGUGCUGUGCUGAUGAUGCAGACAAAUCCAAUCAUAACAUCACUCUUAAUGAAUAUUUGCUCCUAAACUGUCAUGUCCACAGACUGCCUAGCCAUCGCAGUUUUUGUUUCUUAAAACAGAAAAAAUGAAGCUGAAAAUACAAAAAUAUCAUAGUGAGUUGGACUACACAAAUAUAUGUAGUACAUUUUAUAUACUGUGAUAGCAAUACAGAAUGAAUUAGAAUGAAACCAGUGAGGUUAUUUGCCACCACCACCUUGCUGUUAUACUCAGAAGCUAAAACAUUCUUAAUUAAAGAACUGUAAGUGCAUUACAGAAAACUGAUUCUGUAAGUAAUAUGACAUUUAUGUGAUAGCCAGACAGCAGUUUGUUGAUCAGUCUUUCUUCCGUAUAAGAACUUCACAUUAUGUUAUAGUAUGCCAUUUGUCUCCCUGAUAUCAUUAACACAUUGUUAUCUUGUGUAAACUACUCUUAAUUUUCUAAAAAUGCUAACGUCACUUCUCUGUUCUGAUUUGUGUGUCCCAUUUUCUUCCCCUGUAUCUACCCACUUUCAAGCACCUAUAAUUACAUACAAUCUAAAGAGAGUCCAUCUUAAUACGCAGAAAACACAUUUUAAUCGGUAACUAUAUUUUUAGAUUAUUAUAAAGCAGCACCAACAUUACUGGCCCAUAUGUUUCUUAAAGUGCACAUACAAACGAAAUGCAUAACUCAAGAUAUUUUCAAAGUUUCGCUUAUUUUAACAUAGCAAGAAAAAUUCAUUAAUCUAGUGAGUUUUAUUUUCUGAACCUGCUUUUGUGGGAAUAUAUUCAACAUCAUAAUGCAGGGUUGAGCUCUGGACAUAAUGCCAGUCUAUCAUAGGGUACACUCACAAACACACCAGGUCAACUUAAAGUCAUUAGUCCACCUAAUGCAUUAUUUUUGGACAAUGUGAGAGUGAUAGAGUCCAAAGAGGAAAGCAGAAAAAAAUAAGAGAACAAUUUAAACUCUGGGCGGCAUGGUGGCGUAGUGGGUAGCGCUGCUGCCUCGCAGUACGGAGACCUGGGUUCGCUUCCCGGGUCCUCCCUGUGUGGAGUUUGCAUGUUCUCCCUGUGUUCUCUCCGGUUUCCUCCCACAGUCCAAAGACAUGCAGGUUAGGUGCAUUGGUGAUCCUAAAUUGUCCCUAGUGUGUGCGUGCCCUGUGGUGGGCUGGCUCCCUGCCCGGGGUUUGUUUCCUGCCUUGCGCCCUGUGUUGGCUGAGAUUGGCUCCAGCAGACCCCCAUGACCAUGUAGUUAGGAUAUAGCGAGUUGGAUAAUGGAUGGAUGAAUUUAAACUCUAUACAGGCAACACCCCAAGUAGAUAUCAAAUUGAAAUCCAUGUGAUGUGAUACACCAACCAGGCACAAAACGAUAAUAAAUAACACAAUAACCUAUUUUUUACCUUUUCUACUUUGAUUCCAUUAGAAUAGACGAUUCAGAACAUGUUGUGAACAGGACAACAUCCAUCCAUCCAUAUUCCAACCCGCUGAAUCCAAAUACAGGGUCACGGGGGUCCACUGGAGCCAAUCCCAGCCAACACAGAGCGCAAGGCAGGAACCAAUCCUGGGCAGGGCGGCAACCCACCGCAGACAGGACAACAUAUUCAUUAUAUAGUUCACAACAAUCACUGCACUUCUAGAGGGAUGCUCACAAAACACACACACACAGCAGCAGCAUUUUCUCUUCUCCGCACAAUGGAAGUUGUGACAGUGUUCAAGCUGAAAACAUUAAUUUCAAAUAAGAUAUAAACUUUGACAAUCGCUGGUAGACCAUUCACUACAUCAGGCUUUUUAGUUUGUUGCAAUAUCUUACACAGAUACUUGAUUAAAAGUUGUGUCGUUUUUCCACUUCAGUUUAGUUGCUGAAUGUCUUGGCUUUGCAGUUGGUUGCUGUGGAGAGAUUUUGACCUUCUGUUCACAUCAUCCAAUCUACAGAUCACUGACUAACAUUAUAAAUGCCUCAAGGUUCAUGUACAUUUGUUUGGGACUGAUAACAGCCGAUUCCUCUCACCUCCAGAUGUUCCUCAAAUUAAGACUAAAGUUUUGAAUGUUGUGUGACCUGUCUCAAAAAAAAAAAGUGCUGGAUGAAUACUACAUAAUGUUUCUGUCUUUCAACUAAUAUGGGAUAAUCAGCACAGCCACUAAAAAGGCCACCUACCAAAUGAUGAAGAGCAGGGCAAUGACUGCUGGUGAAACACAUUUUUACCACUCACCUUGCUAAUUAAUAUAUUUUUAUAAAUGGAACAAAAAUCAUUCAGAAAGGCAGCUGCAUCUUUGUCACCUUUUUCUUGUCAUCCAAAAGUUCUGCUGUCCAAUGUUCAGUUUUGCUUCUUAAUGCACAUUGGUACAAUAGAUAUACUAAAGUACCCUUCCAGGCAAUGGCUUGAGACUUCACCUUCCAAGUCUCCAAGUUAUUCCUACCCACAGUUUCAUAGCACCCUUUACCUACCUCCUCUCUUUCUGGUCUCAGGGAAAGAAACUAUACCCCACUCCACAAAGGUCAUUCUUCACGUCCAUAGUUUUAAAUAACAGCUGACUAUGUAAUUUCAUUUGCCAGUACUGUUCUGACCAAUAUUGCAUUGUCAUUACCCUUGAAUCCAUUUUUUUGAUCAUUUUCUGAAAACGACUUGGUGAGGACAGUCCCUUUGGCCAUACUUUAUUACAGUGGACAUCUCAAGAAACUUAAAUGUAGGACCGAUUUCAUGGAGUGCUCUGCUGUGGGACUGUGAGUAACAGGUAAAGACCUGCUUUUAUGUAAGCUGUAAGAUGAUCUAGGAUGGAAUGGCUUGAUUCUUAUAGGUACUAACUUUCCUUAGAGAAUCAGAAUGCUAGCUACUUGUGGGGAACUUGGAGGCAACGCUUUCAUUUCAGUUGCAAAGUUAAACGUUAUUCACAGACUUGAGUCAUUUGAAGUAUAGUGUAACUUCUCACCUGUCAUGGCAUGUUCCUCAUCUAUGAUCAUAUCCCAGCCUUGGAGCUCACAGCCCUGCAGUAGACUGGAAACAUAAGCAAGAUAAAAGACAACAUUGGUGGCCUGGGCAGCUAGCACCAGUGUAAUCUAAGGGUUACUGCACCAUCACAUGCUCACAGUAUACAUCAGGGUCAGACCAAUAACCCAAUUAAAAGUGCAAACUGUUAUGAAACUUGAUGUGAAAUAAAUGUGAGACAAGUUGGAGUACACAGACAGCUGCUUUAAGGUGAAAUGGACUCAGAACUCUAGCAGUUUGUCCUAGUGAACAAUACAGCUGUCUUAGUGGCCAGCAACAGCUUUUAUCAUCUUACGGAAAUCGAAUGCUUGAAUUGAAAUAUUUCUAUGUCAUACUUUUAUUUUAUUGUAAGUUAAGACAAGAAUAUAUGUUCUAGUUGUCUGAAGCGUCUCAUUGGACACUUGGGGAGGCGCUCUUUGUUUGAAACAGAAGCACUAUGCUGUUGGACAAAGGAAGAGUCUGAGGAAAAAAGGGAAUGAAGAAAAGAAAGGAACUUUCUUUAAAAACUGUUUCCUUCCUGUAGAUGCUCUACCUUUCCAACGAUAAACUUUGCACUAUGGAAAGUCAGUUACGAGAGAGAACUGUGUUCUUUUUGUUGUGUUUUACCUUGAGCAUGAGAGUUUGACAAUGGACAUAGCUUUGAGCUUUGCGUGUAAGCUUCUGAUAUCGCAGUGUGAAUAAACUAGCAAGUACUUUUCUUUAUCUAUAUACUGUUUCCCUUAUUUUUUUAUAGAAAAUUGAAAUCUUUCAUUUAUUAUUUGAUAACUUUUUUUUUAUUUCAUCCUGCUCCCUUUCUCCUACUCUUAAUGUGUAUCAAACCCAUAUUGCUGUGGUUAAAUGUGAUCUGCCUGCCCCGCAUCCAAGAGUAACACAACAUAUGGUAUGAAUUUGCUGAGUUACCAUGCGUGUAUGUAUGCAAUUAUGCCUGACACCUAUGUUGCCCACAUGUUUUUAACACCUUCCUUUUCCCUUACUUAAAUUAGUACCAAAGUGAUUGGUCAGCCUUUUCAGCAACAGUCCACAUGUCCGCCAACUGUUUCUCCUGAAGGGAGUGCUUUCUUGCCCACUGUGCCUUGGAUAGAGAUGACCAAGUAGAUGGUAAGAACUCAGGGUACUGGGCAGCUUUUCUCAGGAGCCUCAGGUUACUGUAAGAUCUUGCAGCUUCUUCGUUCUCUUACUCCCUCUGUGCUCAUUCACAUUUGAUGUAUGCACCAGGCACCUAAUGGUUGCCAAUGUUUCUUCCAUUAACACUGUCCAGUUAGGCUGUGUUUAUGCUGAAUACAUAGCGGGACUGGAAUUUAAAAAUAAAAGCAAGGUUCCUAUCUACCUGCAAUGCAGAAUCAUCAGCUGCCUCAGUUAGAACUGAUUACAAAACAGUUGACAUUGUAAGUGUGAAAGAUGACGUUGUUUCAGUGUUGCUCAAAGUAAGGGAAAGGCAACUAAAUAUGCAGGGAGCAAGAAUUCUUGCAUGGGGAAAUUCAGUGCACCCAGCUAAAUCAAAAACCGGCACACUGGAAGCUAGGAGGUCCACGGGCUUCCCUUUGCAGUUUACUGGUAACUGUUUGUGCACCUCGCUGCGCCAUAUGUGUUUAAAGUGCUCUUCUCUAUCGAGACCCCCUCAGAGGCAGCAGAUCCAAAAUGCAUUUCCAAACUGACUUACAAAUAAGGCCUAAGUGUAGUGUGUAAUGUCGAGCAUUUCUGCAUUGUGUGGACUGUUUUGUUUUUUUAUCAAUGCACUACAGAAGUUAUGGAUAACAUCACUAGGAACACUUGGCUUUAUUAUGUAAACAGACAAGCAACACUUUUCCCUCCACAGAUGUUCCCCUUGAAUAAACAGGCACUCAGCUCUUGGCGGUAUGUUGACUUUUUUUUUUUUAGUGUUGUAUCCACUAAAUCUAUCCCAUUUGUUGUACCAUGGUGUGUAUGUUAUAAUUACCGUAUGUUUUCCUAUACUUCAUCCAGAUUGUUUUUUGUAAAAUAAAUCAUUUUUUUAGCCUAAA